CAGCUGCACUUCAGGUACGUUUGUCGCAGUAGUACUUAGUCCAUGAAUACGGAUUUCAUCUGGCUUUCUAUUUCCGUCUUGAGCUUUCGGAAUGAUGAAGAGUGGCCUGCAGUGAAAUUCUUCCUCAAAUGUCAGAGGGGUGAUUAAGCAAACCAUUCUUUCUUGCGAACACUGAAGUAACAAAUGCACUUCCUGUUACACCAUUAAACCAUUUUUGGCAGCGGAGUCUGUCGGUGAUCCUCUUUUUCACUUUCUUUCUGAGAAACCACACGCGCUUUUGGCGGCCGAGCUCAAAAAUAACGGCUGGAUUCCGUCUUCAUCCGAUCGCAGGAUGCCACCGGCGGUCCGCUUCUUCUGCACCCUGGGUGUGGUUUUUGUGUUGAACGCCGCUGUAGCGGCGUCAGCCAACACGACUCUCUCCAGUCUUCUCAACUCCACUGAGGUAGUGAACUACACUUGGGUUCCUACCAAUGAGACCAGCACCAGCGCCACAGCGGGUCCCUCCAACACACCCAGGGUGACUCCCGGCACCAGAACACCUCGAGCACCCUGGGUGACAACACCGGGGACUCCGAAACCAGCCACCCUCGGUCCAGUCAUCACCACAGCAACCACGGAGAAAAUUCCAGAUCCACCUGCCCCCGAAGAAUCUGACGACAGGACAGGUAUCAUCAUCUUAAUCGUGAUUCUGGUGGUGACGCUUUUGGUCGGAGUCGCCUGCUGCGUCACAAGAAAGCGAGGACAGCAAUAUUCCAUCAACGUCUCGGCAGCGGCCGACCAAGCAGACAUCCCACUCAGCACCAUGGAGCACGAGCCACUCGAUGAGGUGGCGACUCUGAAUGGUCUGAGCACAUUUCAAAGUCCUGGACGCCUCCAGGAGGAGCCCCCACCGUCAGACCCUGAGGUGCAGAAGGACAAGCAAGCUGAGGCUGAUAAAGCCGCCGAUGAUCAGAGUCCCGAGUCUGCAGCUCCUGCGGCAGAAACCUCUGAAGACAAGCCAGUACCAGAAGCCGCUGAGCACAGCCCGACUGCACCUGUGGAGCCGGAGACGGACGUAAAAGACCAUGAGCAAGUUCCCGACAAAACUGCAGACGAGGCUGUGAAGGAGGCGACAGACGACACAGCGACGGAAGAAAUCCCCCUCAACAGCGCAGAGUGAGGACCGAGCUUAACGUUGGCCGCAUCCCACAUGAAGUCAAGAGUCUUGCUAAAAAAAACAAACAUUUUAGCUAUUCAGUUUGUUUGUCACAGUGUUUUUGUUUGUUGUCCAUUCUGCCUCUCCAUCUGUUUUCUUUCCCAUGAUGCAUUUCUCUGUAUGUACACAGAAUUGAAGUUUGACUCUGUC